AUGGUCGUCACACACGAUUCGCAUCGGGGGUCUUCGACUUCCCAAGGAGCUGCCGGGUAUGCUCUCGAGGAUCGAUUUGAAGUCCUGAAGGAAAUUGGAGAUGGAAGCUUCGGCAGUGUAGCUCUGGCAAGAGUGAGGACUGCUGGUGCUGCCGUCGCUCGUCGCGGCACUGUGAUUGCGAUUAAGACAAUGAAGAAGACAUUCGAGUCUUUCACACCAUGCCUUGAGCUACGAGAAGUCGUCUUCCUAAGGACACUACCGCCGCACAGCCAUUUAGUUCCCGCACUUGAUAUAUUCCUUGAUCCUUUUACGAAGAAACUUCACAUAUGUAUGGAGUACAUGGAAGGAAACUUGUAUCAACUGAUGAAGGCUCGUGAUCAUAAGUGUCUUGAUAAUGGAAGCGUCAAGAGUAUCCUGUACCAGAUAAUGCAGGGUCUGGAACACAUCCACGCUCACCAAUUCUUCCACCGCGAUAUCAAGCCUGAGAAUAUCCUUGUUACAACAUCCGGUCAUCAAGAUUCCGUCAACUCUUUCAGACGGUAUUCAGCCUUGAUGACGCCGCCCUCGACGCCCCCGACGUACACUGUGAAGAUUGCGGAUUUCGGUCUAGCACGAGAGACUCAUUCUAAGCUACCAUACACUACUUACGUAUCAACUAGAUGGUAUCGAGCUCCCGAAGUAUUGCUACGAGCUGGUGAGUAUUCUGCACCAGUGGAUAUUUGGGCUGUCGGUGCUAUGGCUGUGGAAAUUGCUACUUUAAAGCCUCUAUUCCCUGGAGGUAAUGAAGUAGACCAGGUUUGGAGGGUUUGCGAGAUCAUGGGUAGCCCUGGCAACUGGUACAACAAAGCUGGCGCUCGAGUCGGUGGAGGAGAGUGGAGAGAAGGAACAAGACUGGCCGGAAAGCUUGGUUUCUCUUUCCCCAAGAUGGCGCCGCAUUCGAUGGAUACGAUACUCCAGACACCCCAGUGGCCUACAUCCCUCAGCCAGUUUGUGACCUGGUGUCUAAUGUGGGAUCCUAAGAAUCGCCCAACAUCAACUCAGGCAUUAGCUCAUGAUUAUUUCACCGACGCGGUCGAUCCAUUAAGGCCUAAGUCGUCAGCGUCCAGAAUAUUAGGUCGCAAACAAUCCGACAUAGGACGUGGGAAAGACGGUAAUUCUGCGACGCCGACUUCAUCGAAGCCAUCUUGGUUUAGAAAGUCAUUAAUUGGCCGCAAUGAUAGCACGGAUAGUUCAACGGCUCAGGUUAGUGUGAAGGAUAUAGUGGCGGCUCCCCGUCCUUCGCCCAUCCAGUCACCCGAAGCAAACGAGGUUCCAGCCCCCAAGCCUAGGCCUGCUGCUGGUAAGCGAACCACAUGGACUAACGGCCCAUCGAACGUCGCUCCUAUGCCAAUUUUACCCACGAUCCGGCCGAUUUCGCCCUUGUCAGACGCCGUGACUGCUCAAGCUUCAAAUCGAACUCCUCGUUCGGGCGAGAAAGGUUCUAAGAAGAUUGGUCGACAAUUAUCUGUAGCAUCAAGCACAAGUCAGUAUGCUGAAAUGCAUCGACAGCAGGCCGAGCGAGCUUUGAACGGCAAUGGCGGACUAGCGUCGCCUCCCAAUGGACAUAAAGAGAGUUUCUUCUCUCACUUACGUAAGCGAGCGAGGAGAUUUUCCGGUAGACAUCAGACUCCCGUUUCGCCCGCAUACGAAGAUAUUGAGGCACAGGCCGGCUGCGGUCCAUGGGCCAGCAACAGGUCCUCCAUGGUUAUUGACCAGCACGGGGCAGCUGCUAAGACCGACAACUACGAAUCGUUAGACCGAACUCUGCGAGAUCCUCACCACAAUGCCGAUUUGAAUACUCCGGCCCCGCCCAUCCAUAUGGCUGCGUCGAGUGGUAACCUCAAGCGACACCACUCAUUGCCGCAUCAGCAACCCAGGUCCGUUGACAAUCUAAUCGGAGCUGCCCGAACUCCUGGCCCGAUUUCUAGUAGAACGAGAAGGGCUCAGGCAACGCACGGUGUCCAAAGCGAUGCAUUGGAUGAAGAAGACGAACUCCUUGAUGAGGUUCUCAACUCGACUCACAGGGCGAUGAAGCGGCUUGAGAAGGAUGGGAAACCCAAUCUUCGACAAUCGGCUAGUAACGUUGGACUAUCGAACCCGUACCCGACUCCAUCGCCUUCAGCCAGUGGGAACGUUGUCCUAUUCGGGGAUGGGAAUGAGUGCCUAACGCCAAAGCCAUUAGACCUGCACAAGAAUUCUGGGCGAGAUGGUCAGUACAAGUGGCCGACUCCUCCAUACGAAGAGAGCGAGUGGGCUUCUUCGGCAGCCGCAAGCAUUUGGGCAGCUGGUAACAGGUUUUAA